UUUUUUUUUUAAAUAUAAAAUGGAGGAUGAUGGCAUAAAAGUAGAUGAUUUAGAGAACAACAUUGAAGUACAAUCUAUUACAAAUAAUGAUUGUCCUUGUCAAUAUAUUCUAGACUCUAACAAUUUAUCUAUUUGCUCACUUUGUCAAUCUCCCAUACCCAUAAUUCAACAACUUCUUGCCGAAAAAUCCCAAUAUGAGACCCAAAUAGAACAACUCCAAGCUCAAUUAAGUAUUGAGCAGACACGCAUCGAUGACCAACUACAGUCAAUUGCUAAUCUUAAUGAUAAUCUUCAAAAUAUUAGCGAACAACUCGAUACCAAAACAGCUCAAUUCCAGCGUCUCCAAAAUGACAUGGAAAUGUUAAAUGACAAAUAUGUAGACGAAAUUGAACGUGUAGCCGAAAUACAACAUUCAAAAGAUAUGGUUGAAAGUGAACUUGAGGACCUUUCACGCCGACUUUUUGAAGAAGCAAAUGGCAUGGUAGCUCAUGAAAAGCGUGAAAAGCAUAAUUUACAGAUUGCUCAACGACACCUUGAGAAUCAACUAAGAGAGACAAGAGAGCGGUUAGGAGCAGAACAAAUGCAGUUACAAGAAUUAAGAAAACGAAUGGAGGAUAUGGCAUCUCAUGAUAAUUUAGUAUUGCAGCAAACUACCGCAUUACCUCCACCAAAAUUAACAGGCGAUACUGAUGCUUUAUUACUGGAUGAAUUUAAAGAAUUUGUAAAGACAGGCACUAAAGUCAGUUUAAAAAAAAUUCACAUGAUACCAUUCAUGAAAGCUUGUCAAGAAGAGGAUGUGGAAGCCUGUUUAAGAUUUGGACCUAAUAAUCGUUUAUCAAUUCGUAAAGUAAAUGAAGCGAUUGUGAUGAAUACAUGUUUUAUCGAAGAAGCUCCAACUGGAUUUCAAGAGGAACAGACAAAAAAAAUAAUUGCAGGAGCAUCGUUGAAGAUAUCAGCUACAGCAACUAAGAUGUGGGAACGAUUAAGCAAUGCUAGUAACAAUAGUAGUAGUUAUACACAAACAACUGUUUUCAAUGGCUGUCAAGCAUGUGGAAGAAGCGAUGGUACAAGUCUGCCUUAUCGCUUUCGUAUUUCAUACUUUGAUGAUUGGGCUUGUAUUGAUAGGUUUUGUAGAGAUCGAUUAGUAGCUGUUUGUGAGUUUUAUGUAUUCAUUCGAAAUAUCAGACAAGGACUAUAUAACAAUCGAGAUAUUCAAGACUUGUAUCAUGAGGCUAUGCGAUUGAGAUUACAAAUGUUUUAUGCAAGAAUGGGCGCUUUACCAUUGACAUUACGUAAUACUAAUAUUAAUGAACCUAAAGUAACCACUUCUGAAUCUUCACCAUUACCAAAAUCAACCAAUAAUACUAAACCUUCUUACCGACGAGGAAGUUUAACCGAUGUUCGUAAAAUACCAUAAAAAAAAUUCUAUUAUCAUUCAUACCUACUACUACUGUUAAUAUUAAUAAAUUAUUAUUAUUUUUUUUUUAUACAUAUGUG